AUUAUAAAUUAUUACUUAACCUUUUUUUCCUUCUAUUCUUUUAUUAAGUAUAAGCAUUUGGUGGUGGAAUUUAGCAGUCUGCACAAAAAAUGGAGCAUAACACACAAAUCCAAAUUCCAAGAGUUAAAUUAGGUACCCGAGGCCUUCAGGUCUCAAAACUCGGGUUUGGUUGUGGAGGACUUUCUGGCAUAUAUAAUGCUCCUCUCUCACAUGAAGCCGGAUGCGAAAUCUUAAAGGAAGCAUUCAACAAAGGCAUCACAUUCUUUGACACAGCAAACAUAUAUGGCUAUGAGGGGCACAAUGAGAUAAUGGUAGGAAAGGUAUUGAAGCAGCUUCCUCGUGAGCAAGUCCAAUUGGCGACCAAAUUUGGGUGUAUAGUUUCCGGGGACCUCCAUGACUUGCAGUAUCAAGUCAAAGGCACUCCACAAUAUGUGCGGCAAUGCUGUGAAGAAAGCCUCAAGCGGCUUGAUGUGGAUUACAUCGAUCUGUAUUAUCAGCACCGGAUAGACACAUCUGUGCCUAUAGAGGAAACUAUGGGGGAACUCAAGAAGCUAGUAGAGGAGGGAAAGAUAAGAUACAUUGGCUUAUCUGAAGCCAAUGUGGACUCAAUUAAGAGAGCGCAUGCUAUUCAUCCUGUCACUGCUGUACAAAUGGAGUAUUCUCUUUGGACUCGUGAGAUAGAAGAAGAUGUAAUUCCCCUUUGUAGAGAAUUGGGCAUUGGGAUUGUCGCAUACAGCCCCCUUGGCCAUGGGUUCUUUGGUGGGAAGGCAAUCACAGAAAGCUUGCCGGCAGAAAGUCUGAUGGGUGUGCAUCCAAGGUUUACUGGAGAGAAUUUGGAGAAUAACAAAGUUCUUUACGCUAGAUUUGCUAACUUAGCAGCAAAGCAUGGUUGUACACCUCCUCAACUAGCAUUAGCGUGGCUUCUGCAUCAGGGAGAUGACGUGGUUCCGAUACCUGGAACAACAAAGAUUAAGAAUCUAAUCGCCAACAUUCAGUCUGUAGCAGUGAAGCUUACGCCAGAAGACUUGAAGGAAAUCGCGGAUGUCAUCCCCGUUAGUGAAGUAUCUGGAGAAAGAGAGCUCGAAGUGUUGUCUAAGUACAUGUAUCGUGUAGCUAAUACACCAUUAAAGUAGUAACAUCCCGAUGGUGAGAAAUCAUUAUGGAACUAAUCACCAUUUCUUAGCUUCAAAAACUAAAUCGCCUCUCUCUUUUUGCAUAAGAGGAGCUCUUCUAUUAUUAUUGCCCAUAUGUUGUUAUACCUUUUUGAUUGUAUAUAUUGUCAUUUUUUAAUGUAAUAUUGUCCAAGCUAAA